AUGCCUUCCGUCAAGAACACCAUCGCCCUUGUUGGCGCUUUCGCCACCUCUGUCCUCGCCCACGGCACCGUCACCAACUUCACCUUCGCUGGCGUCGCGGAGCCAGGCUACAAGCUUGAUUACUACUACCUCAAGAAGAACGGCGGCACUCCCCCGAGCAUCCCCGCCUGGUCCGCCGAGAACCUCGACAACGGCUUCAUUGCCCCCGAUGCUUACGGCACCGUCGACAUCAACUGCCACAAGAACGCUGCUCCCGGUGCCACUUCCGCCAAGAUCGCUGCUGGCGGUAAGGUUGACUUCCUCUGGUCUGCCUGGCCCGAGUCUCACAUCGGCCCCGUCCUGACCUACGCCGCCAAGUGCGACGGCGAGUGCACCUCGGCCGACCCCGCCACCCUCAAGUGGGUCAAGAUCCAGGAGGACGGCUACGACGCGGACAAGAAGCAGUGGGCUGCUGCUAAGCUCAUCGCGGACGGCAACAAGUGGACCGCCACCAUCCCCUCCGACUUGAUCGCUGGCAACUACGUCCUCCGCCACGAGAUCAUUGCUCUGCACGGUGCUGGCUCUGAGAACGGUGCCCAGAACUACCCCCAGUGCGUCAACGUCGAGAUCACCGGCUCCGGCACCGCCAACCCCGAGGGAACCCUCGGCACUGCCCUGUACAAGUCCACCGACGCCGGUAUCCUCUUCAACCCCUACGCCGCCACCAUUGACUACACGACUCCCGGCCCUGCUCUGUUCGGCUCUGGCUCUGGCUCCGGCUCCGGCUCUGGUGCCACCCCCGCCACUCCCUCCAACGGCACUUCUUCCGCUGCCCCUACCGCCUCUGCCUCCGCUGCUGCUGAGGACGCCGGCUGCUCCAAGAAGCUCCGCCGUCACGCCCGUGACCUCUUCCACGCCCGCCACUAA